AUGUCGUCCAACUACGCUCUACCAGUUUCUCACAAGGAGAUGCUCGAGAAGUCCCUCCUCGAGUCUGACCCCGAGGUCGCCUCCAUUAUGAAAGAUGAGGUUCAGCGCCAGCGCGAGUCCAUCGUUCUCAUCGCCUCGGAGAACAUCACCUCCCGGGCCGUCUUCGACGCCCUUGGCUCUCCCAUGUCCAACAAGUACUCCGAGGGUUACCCCGGCGCCCGCUACUACGGUGGCAACCAGCACAUCGACCAGAUAGAGCUUCUUUGCCAGAAGCGUGCGCUCGAGGCCUUUCACCUCGACGCCGAGAAGUGGGGCGUCAACGUCCAAUGUCUCUCCGGCAGCCCUGCCAACCUGCAGGUGUACCAAGCCAUCAUGCCUCCUCACGGCCGCCUCAUGGGCCUUGACCUUCCCCAUGGCGGUCACUUGAGCCACGGUUACCAGACGCCCCAGCGAAAAAUCUCGGCCGUGUCCACCUACUUUGAGACGUUGCCUUAUCGUGUCGACCUCGAGACCGGCAUCAUCGACUACGACCAGCUCGAGAAGAAUGCCGUCCUGUACCGGCCAAAGAUCCUCGUCGCCGGCACUUCGGCCUACUGCCGUCUCAUCGACUACGAGCGCAUGCGCAAGAUUGCCGACCUCGUCGGUGCUUACCUCGUCGUCGACAUGGCGCACAUUUCCGGCCUCAUCGCCGCCGAAGUGAUCCCCACGCCCUUCAAGUACGCCGACGUCGUGACGACGACGACGCACAAGUCUCUCCGCGGACCUCGCGGCGCCAUGAUCUUCUUCCGCAAGGGAGUUCGCUCGGUGGAUGGCAAGUCGGGCAAGGAGACCAUGUACGACCUCGAGGGCCCCAUCAACUUCUCCGUCUUCCCCGGCCACCAGGGUGGUCCCCACAACCACACCAUCACGGCGCUCGCCGUCGCCCUCAAGCAGGCGCAGACGGCCGACUUCAAGGCGUACCAGGAAAAGGUCGUCUCCAACGCCAAGGCUCUGGAGAAGAGGUUCAAGGAGCUGGGCCACAAGCUCGUCGCCGACGGCACGGACAGCCACAUGCUCCUUCUCGACCUCCGCCAGCACAGCCUGGACGGCGCCCGCGUCGAGGCGGUCCUGGAGCAGAUCAACAUCGCCUGCAACAAGAACUCGAUCCCCGGCGACAAGAGCGCGCUGACGCCGUGCGGCAUCCGCAUCGGCACGCCCGCCAUGUCCAGCCGUGGCUUUGACGAGAAGGCCUUUGAGCGCGUGGCCACCUACAUCGACGAGAGCAUCAAGAUCUGCAAGGAGGUGCAAGCCUCGCUGCCCAAGGAGGCCAACAAGCUCAAGGACUUCAAGGCCAAGGUGGCCAGCGGGCAGGUUCCGCGAAUCACGGAGCUCAGGAAGGAGAUUUCUGCCUGGACCAGCGCCUUUCCCCUCCCCGUCGAGGGCUGGCGCAUGGAUGCCGGCAUCUAG